AUGGCUCCAGACGCUACUCUGAUUUAUUUCUUCUCUGAUCCACCAACAAUGGUGAGAGUUUUUUUGCAAACUAUUAUAUUUGUUUCAAUUCCUCUUUUUUUCAGACAAUCAUGGAGGCGCUUCUUGCCGCGUUCCCGCCGCUGUUCGAGCCGGAUCUUCACGGUGGAUACGUGAUGGAGGAGGACAACAAUGAGAUUGAGAUUGACGAAAACGAGCUUCUCGACGCCAUCGCCAAAGCGCACGACCCAGAAGACUGGGCUCACGCUCUCGGCAGAUCCGGAUAA